CAGCAGCCCUCCCUUUUGGCUUCUUCAGUUCGUUCUUCUAUGCUUGAUCUUCCCUUUUGCUUGUAAGUUUGUCCCUUCAAUUUUGUCUCUCUUCUCUUCCAUUUCCUUGCCUUUUAAGCACCCCUUUCUCCAUUCUUUAACCCUUCUUUAGUCCCCUCUUCCUUCAAUAAUUCCUCUCCUCCAUUCUCUCUCUCUCCCAAAAUCCCAAAAACCUUCACCCUCCUCUCCAUCUAGCAUGCCUGAAUGUCCAGAGAGAGGUGAUUAAUCAUCCAUCAACUAUGCUCUCUUCCUCUCUUUAUUUUCCAUCUUUCUGUUUUAUUUACAAACCGGAUAUUUAUCGAGUUUAAUUAGCAGGGAUUAUCAAAACUUGGAUGAGAUAGAGAAAAAGAUCAAGCGAGAGAGAUCGAUCACCAUCAUGCCUCGUUAAUGAGGAGAAGGGUAGUAGUUGCUGCUGCGAUGAUGAACAUGGUUUCUCCUCCCGGAAGCUUGAACACCAUCACUCCCUGCGCCGCCUGCAAGCUACUCCGUCGAAGAUGCGCUGAGGAAUGCCCCUUCUCCCCUUACUUUUCCCCUCACGAGCCCCACAAGUUUGCCGCGGUCCAUAAGGUCUUCGGUGCUAGCAACGUCUCCAAGAUGCUCCUCGAGGUGGCAGAGAGCCAGAGGGCAGAUGCGGCGAAUAGCUUGGUCUACGAAGCGAACCUGAGGCUGAGGGAUCCGGUGUACGGGUGCAUGGGAGCAAUCUCGGCGCUGCAGCAGCAGAUCCAAUCCCUCCAGCUGGAGCUUAACGCCGUUAGGGCCGAGAUACUCAAAUACAAAUACAGAGAAGCAACGACUAAUCUUCUCUCUCCCAAUCACGCGGCUUUAAUUUCAUCCGGCGUCGUCUCCGUUAUCUCCGCGCCAAACACGCCUGUCGCCGCCUCGCAACCGGCGCCGCAGCUGCAGAUUCAGCAACACCACCACCAACAUCCGCCGCAGGCGCCGGCGACUCCUACUCCAAACUGCUGCCAUAACGCUUCUGCUUCUGCUGGUCCACAGCCGACGCCGCCGCCUCCGCCGUCGAUUGUUAUAUCGUCGUCCUCGUCGUCUUCCGCUUCUUCUCUAUACGCGCCGGCGACGAAUAGCGCGACAGCUUAUAGCUCGAUUGCCGCCGGGGAUCACAACGGGGUGCCGUACUUUGAUUAAUUUUUGUUUCUGAUUAUUAUUAAUUUAAGGAGAAGCUUCUUGGAUCUGCUUUUGUUCUGAUCUGAGUUUUUGGUGCUAAUUAAUCACCAUUACGAUCAUGAUUAAAAUCGUUUCUGCUACUUUUUUUUGGGAUGUCCAGUUCGGGAAAUUAGUUUUGAUUAAGGAUAUACAUGUCGAUCAUAUGAGAGAAAAGCAAAGAGAUCGAUGAUCAUUAUUUAUUUAAGAUGUGUGUGAACAUUAUUAUUAUUAUCUAUUGUUAUAAUCAUUUUAUAGAGAUUCGGAGCCUCUAAUUGAUACAAAAUAAUAUGUACACAUAUUUUUUUCCUGAUGAACUGGAGGAUUAAGCUUAAUUAAUUGGCACUGUAUUA